UUUUGUAUUUUUUAUUUAAUAUACCUUACCGGUGCAAGGUUGCCCAUUCAGGCGGUAGUGCUUCUCCACCAUAAACAAAAUCUCACCAAAAACACAUCGUUAUAUUUGCCAUGGUGCUUUUCUCUAUUCAAGGAAAAACUCUUAAGUUCGACGAUAUCACUCCCGAGCAACAGAAGGAGAUUUUCGGAGACUUGAAGGACAAUGAUGCAGUGACGGAAGUUGCCUUUUCUGGAAACACGAUUGGUCCUGAGGCUGCCAAAUGGUUGGGAGGUGUCUUGGCUGAAAAAAAGAACCUGGAAGUCGCAGAGCUGAGUGAUAUUUUUGUGGGUCGCAUGAAGGAUGAGAUCCCAAUUGCUCUGAAGUACCUGCUGGAUGGUCUUUUGCAAUGCCCGAACUUGCACACGGUAAAGUUGAGUGACAAUGCUUUUGGUCCCACUGCUCAGGAACCGCUUAUCGACUUUUUGUCUCGUCACACUCCUUUGCAACAUUUGUACUUGCACAACAACGGUUUGGGACCACAAACCGGUGCAAAGAUCGCUGGUGCUCUGAAGAAUCUUGCUGCCAACAAGAAGAAAGCCAACGCUAAACCUCUUCGCACGAUUAUUUGCGGUCGAAACCGUUUGGAGAACGGUAGUAUGGAAGCUUGGGCUGAAGCCUUCCAAAGCAAUCCCCAUCUUGAGGUCGUCCGCAUGGUGCAAAACGGUAUCCGUCCCGAAGGUAUUGAGCACUUGUUGAUCCAUGGACUUUCUCACUGCACCAAACUUCGCAUUCUUGACUUACAAGACAACACAUUUACGCAUCGUGGUACAAGCGCCCUUGCUGUCGCCCUUGCAAAGUGGCCCGGCUUGCAAGAACUUGGAAUGAACGAUUGCUUGUUGUCUGCCCCCGGAGGUAUUGCUUUGAUGGAGUCUUUUGCUAAGAACUCCCAUAAGGAGCUCGAGAUUUUGCGUCUGCAAUACAACGAAAUCGAGCUUCCUGCCGUUCAACAGUUGUCCGAACUUAUUGAGGAACGUUUCCCUAAGCUUAAGCUUCUUGAAUUGAACGGUAACCGUUUUUCCGAGGACGACGAUGUUGUCGACGAAAUCCGCGCCUUGUUCAGUAACCGUGGAUUUGGUGAAUUGGACGAACUCGACGACAUGGAAGAACUUACCGAUGAAGAGGAAGAGGGUGAGAGUGAGGAGGAGAGUGAGAAAGAGGAAGACGAGGAUGAUGAACUCGCUAAAGCUAUGGCUAAGGCAUCUAUUUGAAGUAGCUUUUGCUGUCAGCAAAACUAUAUCAUUGUUUGUAGGUUUUGUCAAGCAAUCGGUGGGUUCGUAUUGCAUACCAAACCAGUCUGGAAAGACUGUAUUCACCAUACACUACUAGCAUUCUUGUUUGCGCUCUUCAUCGUUUGCACAUAGAACAAAAAAUAACCGUAGACUAAAAAAAGUUAUAUCAACAAUUCAGCGACAUUGGGAUUCUUUAUUUACAGUUUUCAAGUAAUC